UAGCAUUUUCCAAGCACCAAGAAAUCUUGGAAUUCCUAUAAACACGUGUCCCCGUGUUAACGGAGGUGAUGUGGACGGGAGUUGAAACGUUGGUCUCCGGCGUUUCUUUCGUACGGUUUCUCUCUUUUUCUCUCUCCCCUCCUCACUCCCCUCUCUCACACACACAGAACUGCUGGCACCCACUCUCUCUCCUCUCUCCAUCUUUGCACACCGUACAUCUGCUGCCUCCUGCUCCAUCUCCGCGACGCUACAGACACCAAAACCCUAGAAUUUGGCGGCUUUCUGGCCGUUGAUAAUUGUGAAAAAGUAGCAAAACCUAUGAUAAUAUAACCCAUUUGCAGUUGCAUAUACAUCCGUACGUAUUUAAUGGGGAAGAGAAAGCGAAGGUCUGACCAGAACACGACUCCUCCUCCUCCGGACAUCAUGCCAUAUUCCUCAAGAAUGGAUUCACAAUCAAAAGAGAAAUCUUCUCAUUCAGUUGAUAGUAGUACCAUAAGGUCUCUUGCAUCAAUUAUGGAUAUCAUGGAUAGUUCUGGGAAGCUGCCAAACACCCACCAUCCGAAUCAGAAUCUUAACCAUUCAUUAUUGUUGAGACACCCACGUCAUUUUUACGGCCGUCAGUACUCUCGGCGUAAUUCGGCCAACAAUUCUGGUGCAUCAUCUUCUCGCGGCAAGGGUGCUCCAUGCGAUGAGAAACUCCCUUUUAAAUUUGGUAGUCAACGCAACUCAGAUUUUGGACAUCACACAGAAAACAAGGAUAAUAAAGCAUUCUACAAACCAGAAAGAAUUAGGUCCGGUUUCCCUGGAGCGAACACUGUAUCUACUGCGGUGAAGAUGGAAUGUGGAAUAUGCCAGAGGUUGUUGAAAAGGAAGCCUUUUAUCAUCGACGAUGGUAUCUCUUCUGGAGAUGUCUCAGUUGUUGCUGUUUUGGUUUGUGGGCAUGUUUAUCAUGCUGACUGUUUGGAACAGAGAACGAGCCAUGAAGAGAAACGGGACCCGCCUUGCCCGUUAUGUGUAGGUCUUCUCUCGCAGAUUGAAGCUUCAAGAGGGCUGGAAUGAUUGUAGACAUGUUCACUUUGAAGGAAAUGACAAAUAACAUAAUUAGUUUUGCAAAGCAGGAUGUAUGUUAGCGGGGAAAUUGCAGCUGACGUUAUUAAACGCUGUAAUGCAGGCUCGCAAGUUAUAAUUCUGUUUUGUUACUAGUAUUACAAAUAGUUUGUGAAGAAUGUUGCAUUUUGAUGUUUUUCUUAGAUACUUCACUGUAACUUUCUGAACCAGCUUCUGUUCCCGUUUUGUUUUGUUUCCGAAAGCUAACCGGAUAUAUUUAGAGGGAAGUUCCGGGCUGUAGAUUUACAUCUAACAUCGCUUUGCAGGUUAUGUACUUAUGUUUUGUUGGGCUAAAGACAGGCUAUGUACUUUGAAUUAUAUUGCUAGCUUUGAAUUGUUUUCAUGCUGUA